AACUUACCAGUACUAAUCAGAGAAGGGUGACAGAGAAGUUGACUUGGAAUGAAUAUGAAAGACAAAAGAAAGUGGAACAAGAAGAGGAGAGGAAAGGCUACAAUAUUUAUUUAAUGUUAUUUCCACCAAAGGAAAGCUGCUCUCGGUUUAAUACUAUAUAGUAGUAUAACAAAUUUUAUUCGAAUCCCAAGAAUAAAAAAUAGAUUUUUUGGAUUUAUGUUUGGUGAGAGACUGGUCGGACAAUUACAUUCGUUGGAUAAAAGUGUGUUUUGUUUAUCUUACAGCGCCGAUUAUGGGAAGAAAGUUCUUUAAUUAGACUGUUUUGAGUGCUCACAGCUACUUUUUUUUUACCAUAAGCGGUUUCCUCGUACCUUCUUACUCUUUGGAUUAUUAAUAAACCACUUCCUCUCUUAGUCUUUUUUCCUACUAAAGUCUUUUGGUAGAGGAGUUUAGAUGAGAGAACAUUCUUUUCUUUUGACAAGUCUUGAAUAUUCGGAUUGUAUAAGUUGAUGAUCAUUGACAAAGCCAAGUCUUUAUUAAUGGUCAACACACUGAGUCCACGACGCCGGUUCAAGUCAAUGGGAUUAAUAGUUAAGAAAAGUAUUUAUAUAUGUGUUGAAUGUGGACAUGACAUCUGCUGCUUCUUAUUUAGUUACUUGAACCAUAUCUAUUUUUUUUUGAGAAAGAGAAGAUAUGUUAACCUUUUUGUGUUUAACCAUGCAAACUAUGUAGUAAUCCUAGAUUAAUAUUUAGGAAAAUAUUGUUUUUCAAAGUAGUUAAGACUAAUCACAGUAAUCACUAACCUAGAGAAAAGCCAAACCCAACCGGAGAUAACUGAGUUCCGGUUCAAUUAUUGCUAAGAAUGUAAAUAUAAACCAAACUAAACCGAUGACAAAAAAAAACGAACUAAACCAGCAAAUCAAACCAAGUUUUAAUUCGUAAUUAUACCGAUGGAGAAUUCGGAUUAGAAGGCCCAUAAAGUUGGCCCAACAAACAAAAAACUCGACAACGUGGUUUCAAACUACAAAGUAAACCGCUCUGUUCCUCAACUGAAGUAAACUGUCUCCCUGUCCCUCCAUAACUUCCUCCCCACGUAACCGUCUCCUUCUACUUAAGCAACCCUUUCUCCAACUUUCAUCCUUUUUCUCUUUUCUUCACCACUUUCUCUAUGUGAUCACAAUGACCACCAAUAAUUCCGAUUCUGAUCCCAAUUUUCACACUCCACUUAACCCUACUUCCAACGCAAUCAUCCCUUUCUACCGUACUCCGAAUCUCCAACUUGCUUUAUCUCCAAGUUACGAUCAGAGCCCUAGAAAGAAACGCACCAAAACGGUUGCAUUACCCUCUAGUUCUUCACCAAAACCAAAACCAAAAUACCCUAGAAAGCCAGACCCUAAUGCCCCCAAAAUCACACGUCCAUGUACCGAAUGUGGCAAAACGUUUUGGUCAUGGAAAGCUCUCUUUGGUCACAUGAGAUGUCACCCUGAGCGUCAAUGGCGUGGCAUCAACCCUCCUCCUAACCACCGUGGCCCCACCCCGGCUUCAUUUUCAAACCAGAACCAGAGAUCACCAAAUUGGGUCUCCCUUAUGACCGAGGAAGAUCAUGAAGUCGCUUCUUAUCUCUUAAUGCUGGCUAAUUCCACACCGUCAUCAUCAAGUAGUGGUGAGCGGUUCGAGUGUGGAGGUUGCAAGAAAGUGUUUGGAUCACAUCAGGCUUUAGGAGGACAUAGAGCUAGUCACAAGAACGUUAAAGGAUGCUUCGCUAUCACGAACGUGGCCGAUGAUCCUAUGACGGUUACUACUACUCCACUGACUACUCCUAGUGAUCAAGAUCACCAGGGUAAGAUCGUUACGUUUAUGGGGAAUCAUAAGUGUAAUAUAUGUUUUAGAGUAUUCUCCAGUGGCCAGGCGUUAGGAGGUCACAUGAGAUGUCACUGGGAGAAAGAAGAGGAGACGAUGGUCGGUGGUGCGUUCGAUCUGAAUGUUCCUGCAACAAUACAGGAUAUUUCUACUUCGGACACAACAGGGUGUUCUUUAGAUCUUAGGUUAGGGCUUUAAUUAGUAGAAUAUAAUUAUAGUUACAUGUUGGAUGUUGGCUUCUAGUAUAUAUAUAGGAUAAUGUUGUUAAUGUUGUGAUUUGAUGAUCUGGAUAAUGUAUGUCGCUAGGAUAUUGGUGUGUUUUGUGUAUUCUCAUAUAUAUAUGCUUAAUAAUGAAAUGUUCAAUACUUCAAUUCCGGUUUUCAGUGUAUUAAUUAGAAAACUAAUUACUACAAUAUACAGGAAAAGUUACAAGAAAAACGUACUACAACGCAAAAUAAAAUCCUAAUUAACAAAAGAAUACUUUAAUACACUGAAAAUCGAUAUAUGCUGGGAUCUUUUUUGUAUUUAUCACAAAACUUAUAUGGAGUAAAAAACUGGAAAAUCCAAGCUGUAAAAGAAGCUCUCAAAUGUAUAGCUAACCAAUAGUAACAUUGGGUUCUUUCAGAAGCACUUUGAGCCGUUUGAUAAAAUUAAACCUAACUUAUGGAACUAAUUAAUUUUACAAAUUAAUUUUUUUUGGGUGUGAUUCUUGCCAAGUUUCGUUGUUUGACCUGAUCUCAAACUCACCACGAUCUCCUCCUACAAUAUAUAUAUCGAUUAGAUUUAGAUCUUAUUCCGCUAAUGAAUCUUAGUGUUAUAUAUAUCUUAUCCAAGAUAACCAGCUAGCUUUAACAUUAUAUAAUGAAGAUUGAAUCUUAAAAAACUAUAUAUUAAUAAUCUGAAGAUUCAGAUGCAUUAUAGGUAAGCACGCGGAACUACUUACAACAAGCACGAACCCUAAUCCGAGACAGUUUUUUUCAAUUAAUCUUCUCGACUUUAUUAAACAAUCAUAUAAUCAGUUGUCCUUCAAACUUUUGCAAACUAGUGCGACACACAACCUUCGUGAAUAUUCAACUACUGACUCUUUUUAUAACAAUAGUUAUCGUUUACAACGAUGUCUGUUAGUAUAUAUGAAUGCAUCAAAAACAACAAAAAGAAUCCUCUUCUAAGAUUUUCUAUUAGAAUAAUAUAUGUAAAAUGCAAUAUCAUGAAAACGAAACGAAAACUCCAUAUAUAUAGCUCUUGAUUUAUUCUUCUGGCUUCCGUAAAUCACAGCGAGUGAGAUAAAUAUUUUAAAACUGUUCAAGUAUUCAUUUUCUUGUCUAAAUCUGCAAUAUGCUGACAAAAAAAAAUAUUAAUAAAAUCUGCAUCAUAAUAUUUUAAAUAUGUUGUUGCUUUGUUUAUGUAUGUUUAGAAAUGUUAGAUAUGAAGGCUGACGUAAGAUAUGAAGUUGACCGAUUUAUCUCCUUACACGUUCUUUGCAUCAGAAAAAUGGUGAAGUAUGCUCAACUUAAGUUUCAUUUUUUUCCAACAUGCUCAAAGUUAGUUUAAACAGACGAACUCGGCAAAUAUAUCAGAUUAUUAUAUUUAUUUAGUAUUGAAUAAUUUGACAUGCAUGAAUGUAUAGCAGUGACUUCAGAAGUUCGAACUUCCUACGAUUUGACUUUAAAUAUACAUUUGUUUGUUCAAGUAUUCAAAAGAUAUUAUUUUGAGAUAUCCCACAAUAUACAUAAUCUUGUUUACUGAUUAAAGUAUAUAGAAGGCUGAUUUAUAAACAUUAUGCUGAUGCUUGCUGACUUUGCAACAUGAUUUAUAAACAUUUAUUGGGGUGAAGUCAUAAGAAAAUGUCAGGAAGAUAUCCAACAAAUAUAUAUUUUAAAUGAAUUUGACGAUCUCCGAUUGCUUAUGCUUGCUGAUUCUGCAAUACGAUGUUGUUUUAUUUUAAAUUGUAACUUACUAAUUAAUACAUCCCGAUCCGAAAUGAAUAAAAGUAAUCAAGGUGAUAUUAGAAACCUGUCAGUACAAGUUUAAAACAUAUAUAUGGUUAGAUAUAUAUGUAUUUUUAGUGUACUGUAUAUAUAACUAGAUUUGAUUAUGUGGGAAGCACGUCAUUGUGACUUGUUAAAGAUAAAACAUAGUAUAAUUUGAACCCAUAAUUAACAAGACUAAUCAAAUCAUAUUAAGUGAAUUCUUGAGAGGGAUUAACUUAUAUUUUAGUCCAGACUUUACACCUAACCAACCCAUUUUCAAAAAUAAGAAACAUCAAAUUGUUAUUAUAGAACAGUUCUCUUUUAACUUCUAGUUUGAAAAAAAAACUUCCAGUGUGUUGCCACAAGGGAUGGCAACAAGAAGCAAUGUUUAAUCACUUCAUUUAAAAAGUCAUUAAAAGGCGUGACGUCAUCUUCCAUUAUUCGUGGGAUUACCUUCAAAAAAUAUUAUUUAUUCAUGCUAAGUUAUUAUCUUUAAAACAAGCAAUACUUAUGACUUAUGAGAUAAUUAGCAUACUAUAUACUACUAAUUAGCAUUUUCCUUAAAAGAUUCAGCUCCGCUAGCUAAUUUGUCUCAUCACACACCUACACAUAUACAACUAAUGGCGUUGAUAUGAUAUUGAUAUUUUUUGUUAUAAUAUGAAAGUAUUUCAUCUAAGACUCUUAACUAAUAAGGAGGUUUAAAUCAUGUAAUUAAGGUGCGAAACUAGUGUUUCCAGAAAAGCGACAUGUGUUGGGCCUGCCGGAUUCAGCCAAAUAAUUCCAGUAAUAUUUUGGUGCUAUUUUGUUUUAUAGAUAAAAUUAGAGAGAGGUUUCGUGCACGACUAUAUAUUUCUUAUAAUUAGUCAAUUAAUUUGUAUGUAUAUACGAGAGAACUUAUAAGUUAUUAUAAACACAAGGAUUCCAUCUGACUAAAUAUUUAGAAGUAAAGAAACUGAUGGAGAUUAUAGUAAGAGACUAUAGUUAAAAAAAAAAGGCUAUAGUUAAUGACCAUUUUUAUUAAGUCAGGUCUUGGAUGCGGCGAGUCGGGGAUCAGACGAUGAGGAAGGGACCAUGGCUCAUCAGAUCACUGAGAGCCGUUUGAUCCUGACUUUUUGGAACAAAGUGGCUUAACUUAACCCAUCUUUCUCCACUCCCAAAGCCUGGCCCUUUGGAGAUUAUCUUAUAAUAAUACACAUUCAUCAUUCUCUAAUGUGUGAUUUUCAAAUUAAUAAAUUGAGAAGAACAUGUGUAUAAAUAAGACCGAAUUGGAUGAUGGGUUUGCCGUAUAGUUGGACUUGGGUCGAUAUAUUUCCUAAUAUUGAACUUCUCAAAGUACAUCUUGAAGUCGCAGGGAGAACGUAGAUGUACAUUAUAAUACCCAAAGCGUAUACCAACAUUGUUGAUUUAUUAGAGUUUUUUUUUUGAAACUUUGAUUUACUAGAGAUCUGCAAUUAAUCUAGACACGCAUUAGAAAUCAAAAUCUAAAAUUUUGAAAAACGAAUGACUCCAAAAAAAUCAUCAAAUCACACAUAACGUACUAUUUACAGUUAAAACAUAUUCAGAAUAGAGAUUGAUUUGUUAUCACAAGUUGCAUAGAGAGUAAAAGCAUCUUUUUAGAGAAGCUACUUUGUUGUCAAAUGAUCAAAAAUGAUUUUUAUUCAUAUAUAGAAUUUUGUGUUUGAUUACUAACUAAAUACACAAUAUUUCUAAUGAUUUCUUGGUCACACUUUUUUUUUUGGACAAAUAUUUCUUGGUCACACUAUUACACUAAUUAGAGCUAGCUCCUUCGUUAAUUAUGAUAAGGAUUAAAAGUGAAGACCCAUUUCAUUAUUUUGCAAUGAAACAUACGAUCUCUCUUUCAUCUCGACGACGACAGAUCUAACUUCUAACAUAGGAGGCAAUUAUGUGGUUUAACUGACCCGGUAAAAAUUUUCACUUCCACUGUAAUAAUUUGGUAUUUUCAUAUUGUGUUCUGUCUUUCUUGGAUCCAUAUCUGUAUAUUAAUUCUAAAUUUUGCACGUCUCGUAUAGUCAUUUUAUUUCAUGUAAAAAUGUGUACUAUUAUUCUCUAAGAACUUUUUUAAUUUCUUAACAACAAUACUACCUGGUUAUUGAACUUCAGUAACUCAAGUAAUUCCUCAAUGAUUACACUUUAUAGUUAUCAUGAAAGAUGAAACGUACGUAUUAUAUUGUAAAAAGGAAAAGAAAAAAGAGGGUUUUACCAAAAACAAAAAAACAAAAAAAGAGGUUAGUAAAUAAUUAACCAGCGUGAACUUUUAUCAUUGAAAACAAUUCAAAUCAGCUAGUGAACGAAUCAUUGUAUAAUUCAAAAACUAUUUCAUUAUCUUCCAUGAAUCGAACUCACAUGGAUGCCAUUUGAAACUUGAAA